CGUCUGUUUCAUGACUCUCGUCUGUCGUAAAGCCUGAGCUGUCACCCACGACCACGAUGAGGCUGCUGCCGGUUGUUGUCACCGUGUUGCUCACUCUGGCGGCCGCUUACUACAUCUACAUCCCGCUGCCCGAUGCCAUCCAGGAGCCGUGGAAGUUGAUGCUGCUGGAUGCGGGGUUCCGUGCAACUAUGAAAGUGGCUGUUGUGACCCAGUGGCUGGGGCUGGGACAUUUCAUCGAGGCGAUCAGGAGCUCCACAGAGAACAUGGAAAAUCUGGGGGAGGUGCUGGUGGGGUCUGAGUCCGGCUGGGGGGUCAAGCCUGGGGUGAGGGUCAGCGACACCACCUUCGAUGGCGUCCCGGUGCGCGUUUAUGAGCCCCCAGCCGGAGGGGAGGGGCAUCUGAGGAGAGCCGUGAUGUUUUUCCACGGCGGAGGCUGGGCCCUGGGCAGUGCCAAGAAGGGGUCAUACGAUGCCAUCACCCAGUUGAUGUCCGAUGAGCUUGACGCCGUGGUGGUCUCUGUUGAGUAUCGCAUGUACCCAGAGGUGCUUUUUCCUCAGCCGUAUCUGGACUGCCUCUCUGCCGCUAAACACUUCCUGUCCCAAGAGGUUUUGGUUCGGUACUCGGUGGACCCCGAGCGCGUGGCCGUGUCAGGGGACAGCGCCGGGGGAAACCUGGCUGCCGCCAUCGCACAACAGAUUUCCACAGAUGAUAGCAUGAGCAGGAAAUUCAGCGUCCAGGCACUGAUCUACCCAGUCCUCCAGGCUCUGGACUUCAACACUCCUUCUUAUGAGCAAAACCAAGGCGUGCCCAUCCUGUACCGGACCCUCAUGAUCCAGUUCUGGCUCCAGUACCUUGGUGCUGAUCCGUCCCUGCUGCCUCAGCUGCUAGCCAACAACCACAGCUCCUUACACCAGUCAGCCAUCACCCCCGAGCUGCGGGCACGGGUAGAUUGGACUGUCCUUCUGCCACCAAAAUACAAGAAGAACCACAAACCUGUCGUCGUGGAAACGGGAUUGGAGGGCCUCGUCAAAGAGGUGCCGGGGCUGCUGGACGUGCGAGCGGCGCCGCUGCUGGCGGGGCCGGAGAUCUUGGCUAAAUGCCCGCGAGCGUACAUCCUGACCUGCGAGUAUGAUGUUUUGAGGGAUGAUGGUUUCAUGUACGCGCGGCGCUUACAGGACGCGGGUGUCACAGUCACCAGCGAUCACUAUGACGACGGGUUCCACGGAUGCCUUAGUUUCUCAUUCUGGCCGACACACUUCGAUGUAGGGAAGAGGGCGCUCAGGGGUUACUUCAGCUGGCUGCAGAAGAACUUGUAAGGGUGUGUGUGUCUAUGUGCAUGUGUGUGUGUGUGUGUGCACAUGUUGAUGUGUAAGUGAAAGUGUGUGCAUGUUUGUGGGCAAAUGCAUGCACUGUAUGAGUGUGUUUCCAUGGGUGCACUGGCAUAAAUGCCCAAGCCUUGGCUUUGUGAAUCACUGACAAGCUGAGGGCUUUUGCAGCUGCUCUUUGUUUUUAAUGUAAGAUCAGAAACUAAGCUCAGGUACAUAUCGGCAUAUGUACCUGGAGAUACAUGGAGGCCCUCUGGGUACAUGUGGGGGUUUACAUGUAAGGUAGGAGAAGACUGUCUUUGUGCCUAUAAGCCUCACAAAGUUCAAAUCAGUUUUUUACAGUUACACUCUGCUAACAAUGGAGAUGAACUAGUUCAAAUCAGCAUGGCAAAGAUAAUGACCAACUAACAUAAAUACAAAUUAGAUUAAAGUAAAAUUUGGCUCAUCUCAUUUAGAACUACGUAAAGGAACUGAGCGAACAUAGUUUUCAGUUAUUUCCACUGCUUCUCUGUGUGUAUCCAAAGGAACGCUGAUCUGGCAUCACUUGUCAGAAAUCUGUAAUGUGUUCUAAUUAAUAAAUUCACAUUGAUAUCCAUGUGUAUAGUAUGGUCAAACUCUAGGACAGACACAUUUGCUCUGGCUUCAUAUUAAAUGGGAACUGUUGAAAUCAUCAUGGCGUCACAACUGGCCAAUGUACCACUAGCGUCUGUUCAAGACAAAUCUGUUACACUAUAAUCCAGUUUAAUCAGCCACAGGCAUUCCAGUUGUAAUCUCAGAACAUAGCAUUUUGGCGAGCUGAGUGAAAUACCCAGUGCCGGCAGCAGGCGUAAAAAUUUUUUCAACCUGCUGUUACAUCAAUGCACUUACACACAUUAAUCCAUGCUGUUUUAUUUUUAAAAUUCUUCACUUCAGGUUUAUAAUGUAACAGAUUAGGUGUCAGAUCAGCGCUCCUGUUUUGCAGCACUUGACUCAUUGUGGCUCUCAGCACAGGCACUUGUACCGUUGAGCUCUUUCGUUUGCACUGUUGGAUAAGUCCAGCUGCUUCUGUGAUCAUUCCACUAGGAGGCGCCACAUCUGCUCUCCUCUGAUUCACAUCCACACCCUAGAGACAGUAGCGUUGUAAAACAGGGGCCCAGGCAUUUCUCAAAAACCCUCUUUUACCAAGGGAGACCCAGUUUUCCCUCAGUGUAUUAUUUGAAACUGAAAACAACUCCAUGUUCUCUCAACAUAAAAAGAAAAAUUAUUUCUGUACUUCUGUUGCAUAAAAAAACUGUAGGCUAUCAUCUGACAGCACAUGCUCAGUAAAUAAUAUCUGAAAUGGUGUUUAUGGUCACGCCGCCUCCAAAGAUAUCAGCAUUAGUGUUGGUAUGAACAACAAAACCCACAUGCAUGCAGCAUACACAAUCCUAUGUUGCCACAACAUAAAAGGAAGAAGAAUGGUAUAUUAACAAAAAUGCACAAUCUGAUUGUGUGCGUUUAGGACAUAAUAUCUGAAAUGGUGUUGGAAAGUGGUCUUUGUAAGUAUGUACACUGUUUUACCUGUUACAAAUACAAGUAAAGCUUUUACACAGUGCAGCCCAUGAGACAGCAGUGUUUCAGCAGCAGAGGAUGAAGGCAGUCACAGGACAGUAUUUGAAACACAAAUACAGUUCAUUUACAGUAUUUACAUCACCACUACCAUUUUUCUCAGUAACAAAUGUUUCUUUGGAAAUACAAUGUGACCCGGUUCUCUGUUUGGAUCUAUGUAUAUUCUCCAUAUGUGAUUUCUUUGGUUUGUUAUGAAAGGCACUGUAAGUUUCAUGCACUUGUCAUUGGCCAUGUUAUCAUCUCAGCUACUGUUACCAGUACCUGCUGUUAAUGUUCAAAGAUGUCAUGGGUCGUUUCACAAUGUCCACAGACGAUGACACCCUCCUAAAGUUUUGUGUUUUUAAAGGUUUUAGACAUGUCAUCUGAGGUGCAGAAAUGUUGAGGUAUUUUUUAACCUGUUUUUGAAUUUAAAUCCGGCAGGGGUCCAUGUAUUGAAGUCCAUUCAAAACGUUUGUGUUUUAUGUGAGGCGCAGUUCUCCUCUUAAUAAAACUUGAGUUUUUCAUUCCGCCCACCGAUCUGAUGUAUCAAGCAACCUGUGAAGGAUCGCAAUAAAAACCAUAAUGUCAAA